AUGACCAUCCGCCUGGCUUUGGAACAUCCCAAAUUCGCAGCCAAGGAAUCAAGAGAAAAGGGCAUCUUCACGAAGCCGUUCAGGGAAGAACCCAAAUCAAAUCAUGGCGAACACGACGGCGAGACAUAUAAGGAAACACAAACUAUUAUGGAGACACUGACGGUCCUUCAGAACUACGUAGAGGAAAUGUCUGAUGGUCUAGCUAGGGUCAACCCAGAGGCAUUCCAAAUGCUCAGGGCCAUAACGCCAAGACCCAACUUGCCUGCUGAAAAUCCAGAUUUCAUGGUAAGUCACUCAUAUCACUUCCUGUAUGCAGCAAAACGUUGCUCCGUUUUUCUCUUCUCAGAAUCCGUAUAG